AGAUGACGAUAAGCAUGUCGUUCGAUUUGGACGCAAUGGUAAAGGUUCCUUCUUUUGGUCCUGCCAUGCAACCCCUCUCCUGAACUGCCGUCGAGACUGAUGCUUAGAGAAGCAAAAAGGAAAGAAGAAAAAAGUGAUAAAGAACUCCCGUGAAUGAAGAAGAUGAAGAGCCAUCACUUGAAAUUUCUUGCUCUUGCUCUUCUCUUUUUCACUAAUUUUACCCCAUCCAAUGCACAGGAGACAAAACCAUCCUCAUCCUUCCCUCUGAUUCAACAAUACCUCAAUGCAACUGCUCAUCAAUGGAGACUUCUCCAGGUACGAUCCCAAGAACCCGAACUUAAACUAGGAGCACCCAUAUUGCUAGCUGGUUUCUUCUGCUUUGUAGCAGCCGCUAUCUCCAGCGCAGGUGGUAUUGGUGGUGGAGGAUUGUUCAUUCCCAUCUUGACCUUAGUUGCAAGACUUGACCUCAAAACUGCUUCUGCUUUCUCUGCUUUUAUGGUCACGGGUGGUUCAGUUGCAAACGUUAUUUGUAAUUUGUUUACUAAAAGUUCUAAGUUUGGUGGCAAGAUCUUGAUCGACUUUGACCUAGCUCUGCUGCUGGAGCCAUGUAUGUUACUGGGUGUCAGCACUGGUGUGAUUUGCAACCGUGUUUUCCCAGAAUGGCUCAUCACCAUCAUCUUCGCAGUUUUCCUGAGUUGGUCCACUUUCAUUACAUGUCAAAAUGGGAUUUCGCUUUGGAAAUUGGAAUCAGAAACGGUGAGUAGACGUGGAUGUGGAGAACUAGAGAAUGGGUUGGUGGAAAAGAGUGAGAUUUUUAAGGGAAGUGAUGAAGGAAUUGAAAUUAACACGGAGCCUCUUUUGGGUCUAGAAGGCGACAACCGGAGAUUGAGGUUUCCAUGGACGAAAUUUGGAACCUUGGUUGUCGUCUGGUUUUCCUUCUUCGUUCUUUAUCUUAUCCGAGGCAGUAAAUAUGGGCAGGAAUAUGUGCAGGCAAUUAUGUCAAUAGGACCUUGUGGAGUUGAGUAUUGGGCUCUCAUAUUACUCCAGAUACUUUUUGCUAUUUCUUUUACAUCAUCAGCCAUGUGCAGCAAAGAGAACCUUGAUCAUCAUCCACUUCCAGACCAACAGGACAUAGACGAUGCAAGGCCAAGGGAACCAUCCAAAAAGAUGAUCUUCCCAGUUAUGGCACUUGUGGCUGGAAUUUUGGGUGGUCUUUUUGGAAUUGGAGGUGGAAUGCUGAUAAGCCCGCUGCUUCUUCAGGUUGGAAUAGCUCCACAGGUAACUGCUGCAACUUGUUCUUUCAUGGUUUUCUUCUCAUCGACUAUGUCUGCAAUCCAGUAUUUGAUGCUGGGAAUGGAGCAUACGGAGGUUGCUUUUGUAUUUUCUAUUGUCUGUUUUGUUGCAUCACUUGCUGGUUUGCUAGUUGUACAGCAAACUAUUAGCCGAUUUGGACGGAACUCACCGAUUGUGUUCUCAGUUGGUAUAGUGAUGGCUUUGAGUACCAUUUUGAUGACAAGCUUUGGGGCUGUUGAUAUUUGGAGGAAUUAUGCAUCUGGGAAAUAUAUGGGGUUUAAAUUACCCUGUUGAAGCAAAGAAAUUAUAACGAACCAUGUUUCUAUAAAUGAGCCAGACAAUACGCAAGAUUAUGUUUUUAUGGUUUCUUCAUUUGUAAGCGGCACCCUGGCCAAGGGCACAUAAUUGUGGGUUUAAUUAGGCCAAACCUGUUUAUCAAGUUGCCGUGCCGUUUCUUCAAAUUUCAGUUCUAUCAUGGGAACGAUAAUAGAAUAUAAAUAGAACAGAGAUUUAAAUGAAAA